AUGAAGUCCAUUGAACAAAAUCCACCACUUAAGAAGGGAGAAUCAACUAUUGCUGAGUUUACUCCAAGCUCUGUAAAGAAGCCAAAAGCACCUGAAUUGCCACCGUUAUUACCUGGAAUGAUAGCCAUUGUCAAUAACCCUAGUAACCCCUUUUAUAUGUACUGUGGUAUUGUCCAAAGAAUUACGGAUGGCAAGGCUGGGGUUCUGUUUGAAGGUGGGAAUUCGGAUAGACUCAUCACUUUCUGGCUUGACGAACUCGAGCAUCGCAGAAAGGGGCCUCCAAUGGUGAACCCAAGGUCUGCAAUCCUUGAGAGCAUGGUAGAGAAACUGAAUUGUAAUGAAAAAAACCCAAAAAAUAAGACCCAAGAAAUAGGUAUUCCAAAGAAAUCCGAAUAA